AUGUCCACCUGGUUUUGUGCACCGAGGCUGCCGAUCCAAAGCUUUGCACGCCUGGAGCUCGCGAUCCUUGCUCCUGAUGCAGCUCACUCGGUGCCCUGCUGCAAGUCAAUGGUCUACCGGGAUGAUCUGGGAGGUCGGCUCGGCGCCCCUGGUGCGCAGCCCCGCGGCGGGAACCGCGGCGGACGGGUCGCGGUGCCCUAUAAGGGUGCCUCACCGCUACUGCGGUCUGUCGCUCACCUGGGCUCGGUGCUGGCGGCCUCCAGCUUUGCCACCGCAGGCCCAUUGCUGCCCCUCCACGCCCUCGCCCGCCUGGACCUUUCGCCUCCCGCGCCGAAGCGCGCGCGACCCGGCGCCGCAGCGUUGGCCUUGGGGCUGGUGCACAUGGGACCUCCGCCACCGGUCCGUAGCUCCGCGCGUCUGGGCCCUGCGCCUUCGGCGCUGAGCCUCGGGUCCUUGGACCCGCCGCCGCCGCUGCGAAGCGCCGCGCAGCCAGGCCCGCCGCUUCCCGCUUCCAGCCCUUUGCGUUUGGCGCCGCCGCCCUCGGCUCCGGACAUGUCGCACCUCGGCCCGACGCCGCUGGCGCGGAGCUCCGCGCGGCUGGACAUGCCAUCGCCAGUCUCGGACUUCGCCAAACUGGGAGCAUCGCCAUCCAUCCGCGGCCGCGUGCGCCUGGGCGCCUCACUUUUCGCCUGCGGAUUUUGCAGCGCCAGCAAGCUGCUCACGCUGUCGGUGGUGGAUGCCCUGCGCGUGGAGUCUUCCUCGUUCGCUCGCGGCUUCGCGCGGCCUGAGCUGCCGCCACCCGUCCCGGACUGCAGUUGCUCGGGCUUGCCACCUUUGCUGCGAUCCAUUGCUUGGCUUGACCCUCUUCCAGUUGCUUGGGGUGGCGCGCGCCUUGGGCUUCCUUCGUCCGCACUGGGCUUUUCGCAUCCGGGCGCUUCGCCGGCUCUGCGUGGUCGCGCGCGCCUUGCACCGGCGGCUCCUGUGGUGAACUUUGCGCAGCUGGGGAGCUUCCCGUCGGCGCGCAGCAUGCUACGCCCAGACUUCGCCCUCUCGGUGCUGGGGCCUGCGCAAGGCGGCAGUCUCUCGGUGCUGGGCUGCAGUCAUUCAGAUGCCUCGUCAUCGACCCAGAGCUCUGGCUGCCCAGAGUUUGUGAUUUCAGUGCGUGGUUUUGCAUCGCUGGCAUUGUCGCCUUCACUUCAAGGCUUUCUGCAGGCAGACGUGCCACCCCUCGUUCUCGGCCUGCUGCGAUCGGGUUCUACAUCUUUUGUUUCAUCCUUCGCCUCCCUGGGCAUUUUUUCGACUCUGCGCAGUGCUGCCUGCUUUGACGCAUCGCUGGCUGUGUGCAACCUUGGCUGCUCGGAGUUUUUGCCUUCCCUUCGGAGCUCUUCCCAUUUGGGUGUGCCGCCCUUUGCUCCAAGCGCUUUGCGCCUGGACGCGUCGCCCUCCACCUCCGGGUUUGCCCACUUCGGUGCCCCGCCAAUGCCGCAGAGUUCCGCGCGCUGCGGCCCGGCCGCGCCCGUGUCAGACUGCUCGCACCCGGGGCCCUCGCCGCUGCCUCGGGCGAUUGCCCGCGCAGGGUCCCUGCUGCCACCUUGCGGCACGGCGCGGUGUGGAUCCACCUUGCCAGUGCUGGGCUGCUGCCACCUGGAAUUGUUUAUGAUUUCGCAAAGCCUCGCAUGGACAGAUUCUGCGCCCAGUGUCCUUGACAUGGCUUUGCUGGGAGUGUUUCCGCUGCUGCGGACUCGCAUGUGCGUGGACCUGGUGCUGCCUGUUGCUGGCUCAGCCAGCCUUGGCCCACCCUUGGCAGCGACGGAUCAUUCGCUCUUCGACCCAUCGCUGUUCAUUCGGAGCCUUCUUCACUCAGACUUCGUGGCGUUUGCUCCGAGUCUCAGCCAGCCUGGCACAUCCCUGAUGUUGCAAUGCAUCUCUUGA